AUGAAGAGCUCUUGGUUGCCGUGUGUUGCCUUGGCCAUCUCCUUGGGGAUCAUCCUUGUGGCAGGUUAUCCAGUGAGCCCCAAAGAGGAGGAGUACGUGUUGGUCAAUAAUAAGUGUCAGUGUGUAACAGUGACCUCAAAGUUUGUGCCCUCUGAAGAAAAUCCUGAUGAAGAAAUCCUGGUGAGAAACAUCCGCAUCAUGGUCCCCCUGAAGGCUCGGGAGAACAUCUCCGACCCCUUGUCCCCCCUCAGGACCACUUUUGUCUACCGCAUGAGUGAACUCUGCAAAAACUGUGAACCCAUGGAAAUCGAGCUGGGUGGGGUGAUGCACCAGGUCCAGCAGGGCAACUCGUGCGAGGAGCCGCAGAGCUGCUACACGUACGACAGGAACGAGUGCUACAGCUCCCCCGUGCCGCUGCUGUACCACGGGGAGGUGAGGCACGUUCCAGCAGCUCUCACUCCUGCCUCCUGCUUCGCCGAGUAG